AAGUCGACUUCGCACCGCCAGCGUAUUCUGUCGCUCCCGGAGCUGCAGGACACAAUGGCGACCUUCACUCGUCCAGUCCCCUCGAGCAUUGCCGGGGUGGACUUCACCGUCUACUCCGAUGAGGAGAUCAAAAAGCUAUCAGUGAAAAGAAUUCACAAUACUCCGACUCUGGAUUCUUUUAACAACCCAGUCCCUGGAGGUCUUCAAGACCCUGCUAUGGGCGCAUGGGGCGACCAUGUGUGCACUACAUGUCGACAGAACUCUUGGUCGUGUACCGGCCAUGCCGGCCACAUUGAGCUUCCUGUACCCGUCUACAAUGUCACCUUCUUCGACCACAUCUAUCGUCUUCUUCGGGCACAAUGUGUGUACUGCCAUCGCCUUCAGAUGUCCCGCGCAAAUGUCAACCUGUACACCUGCAAGCUGCGCCUCUUGCAAUAUGGAUUGACCGACGAAGUUGCUGCUGUCGAGGCUAUUGGAUCUAGCAAGGGCGCUAAGAAUGGCUCGAAGAAGGACAAGGGAGACGCUUCGGAUGAUGAUGAGGAGGAUGACGACGAGACCAUUAUGGAAAAGCGCGUUUCCCAUGUCAACCGCUGCAUCAAAGAGGCCAAGAAAGAUGGCAGGCUGGAUGGUCUCAUGGCCGGCGCGAAGAACCCCAUUGCCGCAGAGCAAAGACGGGACUUGGUCAAAACCUUUCUCAAGGAUAUCAACGGCAACCGGAAGUGCUACAACUGCAGCGGAAUCUCUCCUGCCUAUCGAAAGGACCGCUACAACAAGAUUUUCCGAAAGGCCCUGCCUGAGAAGUCCAAGCUUGCAAUGCUUCACGGCGGCUUCCAGGCACCCAAUACCUUGGUCAUGCUCGAUCAGGAAAAGAAGCAGAAGCCCGAAGUAAACGGAACCCGGGCUGGAAGCGUUGUGUCCGAGGUCCAUGGCGCCGAGGAAGAGAUUCGCCGCGGGGCUGCUGUUACGAAGCAGGCAGAGCAAGCCGUGUCGGGCCAGGAAUUCAUGACUUCCUCAGAGGUCUACAGUGCCAUGCGAAUCCUUUUCGAGAAGGAUGGCGAGGUUUUGCAACUCGUGUAUAACUCCCGGCCUGCACCAAAGGGGUCCAAGGUCGUUUCUGCGGACAUGUUCUUCAUUAAGAGCCUUUUAGUCCCUCCGAACAAAUACCGCCCGGCUGUCGCGCAAGGCCCUGGUGAGGUCAUGGAGGCACAGCAAAACACCCCCUUCAACAACGUUUUGAAGCAGUGUGAUCUCAUCAACCAGAUCAGCAAGGAAAUUCAGAAUGAAGAAGAGAAGGCUUUGUCUCGUGCACGCAACUACAGUGAUCUUCUCCAGGCCAUCAUUCAGCUCCAGGACUAUGUCAACGGACUCAUUGACCGUGAGCGAACUGCUGUUACCGGCUCAGCCAUCGCAAACCUGCCAAAUGGUAUCAAGCAACUUCUAGAAAAGAAGGAGGGUUUGUUCCGAAAGAACAUGAUGGGUAAGCGUGUCAACUUUGCUGCCCGUAGUGUUAUUUCGCCCGACCCGAACCUGGAGACCAAUGAGAUCGGUGUGCCGCUUGUCUUCGCAAAGAAGUUGACCUUCCCUGAGCCUGUGACAAACCACAAUUUCUGGGAGUUGAAGGAAGCGGUUAUCAACGGACCGGACAAGUACCCUGGUGCUGCCGCGAUCGAAUACGAGAAUGGUCAAGUUGUCAACUUGAAGUUCAAGAGCCUGGACGAGCGCACAGCGCUUGCAAACCAAUUGCUUGCGCCCUCGAACUGGCGUAUGAAGGGAUCGCGCAACAAGAAGGUCUACCGUCACCUCACCACCGGCGAUUAUGUCUUGAUGAAUCGUCAGCCCACUCUUCACAAGCCGUCUAUCAUGGGUCACAAGGCCCGUGUGCUUCCCAACGAGAGAACCAUUCGAAUGCACUACGCCAACUGUAAUACUUACAACGCCGAUUUCGAUGGUGACGAGAUGAAUAUGCAUUUCCCUCAGAAUGAGCUCGCUCAAGCGGAGGCCCGUAUGCUGGCAGAUGCUGACCACCAAUAUCUGGUUGCCACUUCUGGUAAACCUCUGAGAGGUCUGAUCCAGGAUCACAUUUCCAUGGGUACUUGGUUCACCUGCCGUGAUUCGUUCUUUGACGAGGAGGACUAUCACCAGCUUCUAUACAGCUGCUUGAGACCCGAGAAUUCGCACAUUGUCUCAGACCGUAUCGAACUUGUGGAGCCUGCCUUUAUCAAGCCCAAGUAUCUUUGGACUGGCAAGCAGAUUAUUACGACAAUUCUCAAGAACAUCAAGCCUCCGGAGAGUGCUGGUCUCACCCUCAAGGGCAAGUCUUCGACUCCUGGCAACCGAUGGGGCGACAACAAUGAAGAGGGCGAUGUUAUCUUCAAGAACGGCGAAUACUUGUGCGGUAUUCUCGACAAGAAGCAACUUGGUCCUUCUGCUGGAGGUCUCAUUGAUGCCGUGCACGAGAUCUACGGCCAUACCAUUGCUGGAAAGUUGAUGAGUAUUCUCGGUCGACUUCUCACCCGAUUCUUGAACAUGCGGGCAUUCACUUGUGGUAUUGAUGACCUUAGGUUGACCAAGGAGGGUGAUCGCAUCCGAAAGGAGAAAUUGAGCACUGCCCCUGCCAUGGGUCGCGAGGUUGCCCUGAAGUACGUGACCUUGGAUCAGACUUCCGUGCCUGAUCAGGAUGCCGAGCUGAACCGCCGGCUGGAGGACGUGCUUCGCGAUGACGAUAAGCAGAGCGGUUUGGAUAGUGUUUCGAACGCCAGAUCUGCCAAGCUGUCAUCAGAAAUCACCAGCUCUUGUCUCCCCGCCGGUCUUGCCAAGCCCUUCCCCUGGAACCAGAUGCAGUCUAUGACCAUUUCUGGUGCCAAGGGUUCGAGUGUCAAUGCCAACCUGAUUUCAUGCAACCUGGGUCAGCAGGUUUUGGAAGGUCGUCGUGUACCGGUCAUGAUUAGCGGUAAAACACUGCCAUCGUUCCGGGCUUACGAAACGCAUCCGAUUGCUGGCGGUUAUGUCUGUGGUCGUUUCUUGACUGGUAUCAAGCCCCAAGAAUACUACUUCCACGCCAUGGCGGGUCGUGAAGGUCUGAUUGAUACUGCCGUCAAGACCUCUCGUUCCGGUUACUUGCAACGUUGCUUGAUUAAGGGUAUGGAGGGCCUGAGAGCCGAGUACGACUCCUCUGUCCGUGAGUCGUCCGAUGGUUCGAUUGUCCAGUUCUUGUACGGAGAGGACGGUCUCGAUAUCACCAAGCAGGUCCAUCUUAAGGACUUCGCUUUCCUGGCUGAGAACUACAUUUCGAUCUCGAAGCAAGUAUCGGCUGAACUGUUCCACACGUUGGCCAAGGAGGAUGUGACGGAAUGGCACAAGGAAGCAAUGAAGAAGGUCCGCAAGACUGGAAACCUUGAUGCCAAGGAUCCUGUUCUGGCUCGCUACCCCCCCGGAGGCAACUUGGGCAGUACGUCCGAGGCAUUCGCUCAAGAUCUUAAGAAGUAUUCGGACAACAAUCCUGAUGGCCUCUUCAAGGACAAGAAGAAGAACAUCGAGGGUAUCGUCUCAAAGAAGACUUUCGAUGCUUUGAUGAACAUGAAGUAUAUGAAAUCUAUCAUCGACCCUGGUGAGGCCGUCGGUAUUAUGGCCGGCCAAUCUGUUGGAGAGCCCUCCACGCAGAUGACAUUGAACACUUUCCAUUUGGCUGGUCACUCCGCAAAGAACGUGACGCUUGGUAUUCCUCGACUGCGUGAAAUUGUUAUGACUGCCAGUGCCACCAUCAUGACUCCUACAAUGACUCUUCUUUUGAAUGAGGAGCUCCCCAAGGACCACGCCGAGCGGUUUGCCAAGGCCAUCAGCAAGCUCACCGUUGCAGAAAUUGUCGAUAAGGUGCAAAUCAGAGAGCGCAUUGGCUCUGGUGUUGGCAUCGCAAAGGCCAAGAUCUAUGAUAUUGACAUUUCAUUCUUCCCUGUCGAGGAGUACUGCAAGGAAUAUGCUAUCAAGACCAAGGAUGUGCAGAACGCCCUGCAGAACAAGUUCAUUGCUCGCCUGGUGAAACUCACCAGGACCGAAAUGAAGAAACGAAACGAGGACAAGACCGGCAAGAAGUCUUCAACCGCUCAGCCGGAGAUCGGUGUUUCCGUUGGCAGAGUUGCUGAUGCACCGACUGGGGCUGACCGCGAGGCGGAGCCCGCUGAGGAUGACAAUGAGGACGACGAAGACGAUGCCAAGCGCGCACGCGGAGGUCAGAACCGAAGCAACCAGGUGUCUUACGAAGGCCCCGAUGACGACGAGCAAGCCAUUAUUCGUCGUCAAGACACACCUGACGAGGACGAUGACGAGACUGAGAAUGUCCGAACCAGCCGCGACGUGGAAAUGAGCGAUGACUCUGAGGAUGACUCGGACGACGAAGGCGCCGAUUCUAGCAAGGUGCGCGAGGCUGAUGUCAUGGGCAAAUACGAGGAGAUCACCAAGUUCAAGUUCGACCCUAAGAAGGGCACAACCUGCAGCGUCCAGCUGCAGUAUGACAUCGAGACCCCCAAGCUCCUCCUCCUUCCCAUUGUCGAGAAGGCUGUUCAUGAAGCUGUGAUCCAGUCCAUCCCCAACCUUGGCAACUGUGUCUUUGUCGAGGCCGACCCGCUGAAGGGCGAACCCGCCUCCGUCAUGACCGAUGGUGUUAACCUGAUGGCCAUGCGCGACUACCAGGACGUCAUCAAGCCGCACUCGCUGUACACCAACUCCAUCCACGACAUGCUCAACCUCUACGGUGUCGAGGCUGCUCGUGCCACCAUCGUCCGCGAAAUGGACGCCGUUUUCAAGGGUCACUCUAUCUCCGUUGACAACCGUCACUUGAACUUGAUCGGUGAUGUGAUGACGCAGUCUGGUGGCUUCAAGGCUUUCAGCCGUAACGGUCUGGUCAAGGAUUCUACCUCACCGUUUGCUCGGAUGUCGUUCGAGACCACUGUCGGCGCUUUGAAGGACGCUGUCCUUGAGAGAGACACCGAUAACCUCAAGGGCCCGAGUAGCAGAAUCGUUGUCGGUCGCUCUGGUACCGUUGGAACCGGUGCCUUUGACGUUCUUGCUCCUGUAGCAUAG